AUUGGAUUAUUAUUAUUAUUAAAAUUCGGGUCCGGCCCGGUCCGUGUUCUUCGGGAGGAUGACGAAAGACCCGAUGAGAAAGUGCUCCCAAUGUGGGAGCAAUGGGCACAAUUCCAGGACGUGCUGCAAAGGUUGUACCAGCUUCAAGCUCUUUGGGGUCAAAAUCAAUGUCGUCUCCGAUGAAUCGCCGCCGCUGCCGCCGCCGUCCAAUAAUAUUAAUAAUAAUGUCUCUUCUAUUAGGAGGACCAAGAGUCUCGAGAGCCUCCUCCCGCCGGCGGCCGCCGAUCACCGCCGCGACGCACGUUACCUCUCCUCCGACGAUCUCUUCCUCCAUUCCGCCCGCUCCUCCUCCAAAAAAGGGAGCACAUGGAGUGAGGAAGAGCACAGGGCAUUCUUGGAGCAACAGAAUGGAGCUACACAGGGGAUUAUUCCAUCUCCAUCUUCUGAUGAACCUGCUCCUCAUCCUGAUCCCCCAAAGCAGGCUACUACUAGUACUAGUGUCUCUCCGCCUUCGAAAAAUGACGAAUCCAAUGCAAAGGUCCUUGAAAGAGUUGAUGAUAAUAAAGGGCUACAAAAUCCUCCAAAAGGCAAACCAUAUUCAGUCUCAAAGCACCAAAGGCCUCCCAUUCCACCCCCACCUCUUCUUGUGGUUCCAAGCUUUAAUUGCAUGCCUUACAUGUCGGGGAGAAUGAUUCCGGCGGUGUCGUGGGCCCCCCUCCCGCCAUAUCCAAAUCAAAGGCACGGCGGUUAUGGUGGCAACUUCCACGGACACUAUGCCGCCGCCUCUUGUGUGCAGUAUAUGUCGUCGUCCCCUCAAUCGGCGGCUCUUCCGCCGCUAGCCAGUGGUCCUCCGCUGUCUUCAAAGCAAGAUGGCUUGCACCUCCCUUUCGGAGCACUUACACUGUGAUAUGCCCCGCCGGCGCCGGCUGCAAAUGGGAUUUUUCCUUAGAGCGUCCCAAACAAUUUUGAGCAAUAUAUAGAUGAGUUGAGU